UUAUCAUCUCAUCUAUCAAUGGGUUACUCCAUUAUCCACCUCAUAGAAGUGUUCGCAAUUUCAGUAGACUUCUUGAUCGCUUUCACCCAUCAUUGCCCGAAGCCAAUCAACCUCCCUCAUUUCCCCAUCGAAACGUCGCCUGUCACGCUAUCACCCCUCUAGCUCUCUCAUCCCAUCACCACACGCCGGCAAGUACAGUAAGAAGCCAAUAAACACAUCAUGGCGCCAACCAAAAAGAAAAAGAACGAAUUCGCCAUCAAUAUCAAAGAAAUCGAUGAAUCGAAGAAUGUGGUUGCGACAUACAACGCCGCCUAUGAAUCAGAAGGGAUCUUGGUUUCUGUAUGCCCUUUUCCAUUCCUCCUUGUCAUUUUUUAUCAUGUUGGAAGAUUAUUUUCUGAUACGUGUUGAGUAGUAUCCUGAGAAUAAAAGCGGGUUUGGGAGGACUGUUUUGAAUGCUUUUUUGCCGGCGGGGUAUCCUCAUAGUGUUACGAGUGAUUAUUUGGAGUGAGUCGAGCUAUCUAUUUAUUAUGGUACAUCUUUUGUGAGUUAUGGGGAUGGGCUGGAUUGCAUUUUUGUAUGCUGCCUGUUCCUCAAAUCGUGGCUUAAGUUGAAAGACCCCUCUCCCCUCGAGGCAAGAACGAACGAUUGUCUCGUCCUCGAGUUUUGGCUGUUCAAGUCGAGUGACGAGGUCAAAUCAAGGAAGGAACGACCUGGCCUUGAUAGCCUAACAGUGAAGCCUAGCUAGAUAUUGCGCACCGCUUAUACUGGCUAGCUCAAAGCUGAUUGUGACAAUUACACAGAUACCAGGUUUAUGUGAGUUACCCGAGGAUAGUUGGAGGCAAGACAGUAUUAAAUACCAGCCAGGACUCUUUACAAGCUUUUAGUAGCUCCAUCGCGGGGAUGCUAUCCAGUAGAGCUGUACUUGAAGGUAAGACUUUUUUGUUUCAAUUGCUCUUGGAAUUUGGUUUUGUUAUUGUUUGUAUUUUUGGGGGUGCAUGUUUUAUCGAGUCCGCAACACCACCAAACGAAAUCACGAAUAUGUACCUGAACAACACCACAGCUGUCACAUACGACCAUAGACUGAGGAGAAUUGGGCAUCCCGUCCGCUCUGCCAUACAAAAGCCUCAGAUCGGCAGAUUAGUAGUUGGGUGGGUGACCACCAGCGAAUACCUGCUGUUGUAUGUUUUGUUUCUCUUUUUGCUUUUACUUUUUGUCAUUUUAAACUGCUGGAGUGUUCAGAUGGGUUUGCAAUUCAUAAGACGCAAUAAUGAAGGUUGCCAGUUUUUGCGGUCUCUUUUCUUCUCAUAUCUGGAUUCUUCGUCCAUGUCCCACUUUUUUCCCUCUCAACUCCAAGCAAUCCAAACAUCCAAGUUCUAACACACAACUAGGAAUCGGAGUUGGCGACUCCCAAGCCUCACCAACGCAAGCUCUCUUACUCUCAGUCCUGCAAGAGUCUUUGGGUCGUAUAGCGACGAUCAUCUUCGCCCACCGACUCGGGUCGUCUCUUGAGCCAGAAUGUAAGAUGUACCGCUUACUCGCAGAUAUCUUCAACGAUUCCGCCAUGAUUCUCGCCUGUCUCUCACCCGCUCUACCCAAAAGCCUGAGAGUGGCAGUCCUAGCAGUAGCCAGCACCCUACGCAGCCUCUGCGGUGUAGCAGCAGGAAGUAGCAAAGCAAGCUUAAGUGCUCACUUUGCGAAAGUGGGGAAUCUGGGGGAGUUGAAUGCUGUAAGUCUCAUCCAUUUCCCAGCUUAUGAAGUUGUCAAUUCGAAAAAAAAGUGACUGAUGAAUACCAAUAGAAAGAUUCCUCCCAAGAAACCAUCAUCUCCCUCCUUGGAAUGCUAACAGGCUCUCUCGUAAUAUCUCACAUCACCACCAAAUUCGCCACAUGGGCCACCCUCAUCCUGCUCCUCUCCAUCCAUCUCUUUACAAACUACCUAGCCGUCCGCGCCGUCUCAAUGCGUACACUCAACCGCCAACGCGCAAACCUCGUCUUCUCCUCCUGUCUCCACGCCUUUAAAAACAAGGAUAGCGGAAUGAAACUCCUCAGCCCAGAAGAAGUUUCCCGUCAAGAAAGGAUUUUCGAGAAAGACGGUGUACUCCGCUCAUACGACUUCCGUCUGGGGAGAAACGAUAUCCGUGGAUACUGUUACAUCGGUGUUCCCCUCCAAAAAAUCCUCUCACUAUUCCAUAGACGAGUUCUCCACGUCGAGAUUUCCCCUUCUCCACGUCUGUUCGAGUUUCCUGCGCUGUUGGAAGUCUACAAGAAUGAGGGGUAUAUCAUGAUGUGCAAUAUUAUUGCUGGUAUGCGCCCGGAAUAUUAUAUUGUGGUUAAAGAGGGUGCUGAGAAUAGGGAUUUGUUGAAGGGGUGGUUGCAUGCUUUGUACCAUACUACUUUGUGGGCUGUGGGGAGGAAGGAGGGUGAGAGUGUGAUUGAGGGUUUGGAGAGGACGAGAGAAGAGGUUGAGGGGAUGUUGGAGAGUUAUGAUGUUUUUGGGGAGUUGGAGAGGGCUGGGUGGGAUAUCAAGACGGGGGCUUUGGAGACGAGGAGUGGGACGAGGGUUAGGAUUGGUUGA